AUGAUGAUGUUCAAAGAGUUUUGGGUAAAGAAGACAUUGGUAGGUCUCGGGUUGGGCCAAUUUCUCUCGCUUUUGAUCACUUCCACUGGCUUUUCAUCCUCUGAGCUAGCCAAAAAAGGAAUUAAUGCACCUACUUCGCAGUCUUUUCUGAACUAUGUGCUCUUGGCAAUUGUCUAUGGAGCUAUAAUGCUUUACCGAAGGAAACCACUUAAGGCUAAAUGGUAUUACUAUGUGCUUCUGGGAAUGGUAGAUGUGGAGGCCAAUUUUCUAGUGGUGAAGGCUUAUCAAUAUACAUCUAUAACAAGUGUAAUGCUGCUGGAUUGUUGGUCUAUCCCAUCCGUUAUGCUUCUUACGUGGGUUUUCUUAAAAACAAAAUAUAGAUUCAGAAAGAUAACCGGGGUGGUGGUUUGUGUUGCUGGCCUUGUCAUGGUUGUUUUUUCAGAUGUUCAUGCAGGUGACCGAGCAGGAGGGAGCAACCCCCGUUUAGGAGAUGUACUAGUAAUUGCUGGUUCUAUGCUCUAUGCUGUUAGUAAUGUCAGUGAGGAGUUUCUAGUAAAGAAUGCCGACAGAGUUGAACUCAUGGCCAUGCUGGGCUUUUUUGGUGCCAUUGUCAGUGCUAUCCAAAUAAGCAUACUGGAGCGCAAUGAGCUCAAAUCCAUUCACUGGUCAGCUGGGGCAGCACUUCCUUUUGUUGGAUUUUCAGUGGCCAUGUUCCUGUUUUACUCAUUUGUCCCAGUCUUACUAAAGACUAAUGGGUCCACAAUGUUAAACCUCUCAUUGCUGACCUCAGACAUGUGGGCAGUCUUAAUUCGCAUUUUUGCUUACCAUGAGAAGGUUGAUUGGAUGUACUUUGUGGCCUUCGCUGGUGUUUGUGUUGGGCUUGUUAUUUAUUCAGGGGGUGACAAAGAAGAGGAUCAACAGCGUGCUGAUGUUGCGGACGAAGGUGCAGAGCGAAGUAAACAUUUUGAUGAGGAAGCUGCUUCAGUAAGUCGGGGAGCAACAGUGGCCGGGAGCUCAAAAACAGGGGAUAGCAGCAAGCAUGAGAUUGUUCCUGCUAGCACCGCAGAAGGAAUAGUCUCUAACAAGAGCAUAGGAAAAGAUGUUCAAGGGAGGAAAUCAUGA